AUGGAUUUGACUACUUCUACCUUUGUCCAUUUGCUGAAAUGGUCUAAUGCUACUAUCAUGUAUUUCCUUAGUCCUGAUGCUUUUAAGAAUGGGCCAAGAAUGUCCAACUUCCACUGCAAGAAAAGCCAGGGGCUUCUUAUAGCGGCUUGCAUCUCUCCUAGGCUCCUUUGCAUCUUGUAUCACUGUGGGCCAAUAAUAACCUUGUCUGAAGGCUUUCUGGGGGAUUUUCUAAGCUCCCUCAUGGCUCCCAUAUUCACCCUCAUAGAUAUCACUGGGAUGCCUCGUCGUUCAUCCUCUGUUACGCAUCACAACCAUGGUUGGGAGGCAGACCUCCUGAUGGUAUAUUCAAGAAUGGGUCAAUGGUUGAAUUUUCUUGUGUGUAUUUUGUUGUUGGUGAAGACAGAAGGCCUUACUGUAGAAAUUACUUAUUUGACGAGUGCUGUGGCUAAAGGAGCUGUUUGUUUGGAUGGAAGCCCUCCGGCAUACCAUUUGGAUAAAGGGUCUGAUACUGGUGUUAAUAGUUGGUUGGUUCAUUUUGAGGGAGGAGGAUGGUGCCACAAUGUAACAAAUUGCCUUGCCCGCAAGAAUACUCGUUUAGGUUCAUCAAAGCAAAUGGCUACACCACUUGCUUUCUCUGGAAUCAUGAGCAACAGAAAGCAAUUUAAUCCAGAUUUCUAUAAUUGGAACAGAGUUAAGAUUAGAUACUGUGAUGGGGCUUCAUUUACCGGUGACGUAGAAGAAGUCAAUCCUGAAACUAAACUUCACUUCAGAGGAGCAAGGAUUUAUGUUGCUGCCAUAGAGGAACUAUUAGCUAAAGGAAUGAAAAAUGCUGAAAAUGCUCUUCUCUCUGGUUGUUCAGCUGGUGGGCUGGCUUCCAUUCUACACUGUGAUAGCUUUCAAGCUCUCCUACCAAAGGGUGCUAAAGUAAAAUGCCUUUCAGAUGCUGGUUAUUUUGUCAAUGUGAAGGAUGUCUCUGGGAAACCACAUAUGGAAACCUACUUCAAUGACGUGGUCACAUUACAUGGAUCGGAGAAAAAUUUACCCACUUCUUGUACUUCAAAACUAGACCCUCCAUUGUGUUUCUUCCCACAGAACGUGGUGCAACAAAUAAAAACACCCCUGUUUCUUCUAAAUCCAGCUUAUGAUUCAUGGCAGAUUAAGCAUGUUUUGGCACCAACUGUUGCUGAUCCUGGUAACACUUGGAAGGCUUGCAAGCUCGACAUAAAGUCCUGCUCCGCUGCUCAACUCAAAGCAAUGCAAGAUUAUAGGACACAAUUCUUGAGUGCAUUACCUAAAUCAGCAAACUCUUCAUCCGAAGGUAUGUACAUAGAUUCUUGCCAUGUCCACUGCCAAUCUGAAUUGCAAAGGUUAUGGUUCAUGGACGGCUCUCCAGAACUUGAAAAAACGAAAAUUGCAAAGGCAGUUGGAGAUUGGUUUCAUGAAAAAACUCCUUUUCAUAAUAAGAUUGAUUGUCCUUAUCCUUGCAAUCCGACCUGCCCAAGUAAUAAAGAUUUGGUUAAGGAAUUAUGACCAAGAUUAUUAGAUUUUACUAUCUCAAAAUUCAUCUCAUUUCAUUCUUAUUAUUCAAAGUUAUAGCAGCUUAGAGGAAAUUGAUUAAGGCUUCUCAAUAAGCAGAUUCCAGCAUUUGCAUUAAACUUGUGUGCUGGGUGUUUACCAUCAUUGUUGUUGUAUUAAAUUAUCUUUAAUAAAUAAGAUCAGUUC